CUGCUUUUUACAGCGGUUUCAAUAUGACCAACGUUUUGUUCAAAACAGCAUGAGAAGUUAGUGGAAACAGUACUCUAAGCGUAUUUUAGACGCACGUAUACACAAAAAUUAACAACCGUUUUUAUCAAGUUAUCACUGAAGUAUGUCGGAGGUCAACGCAAUUACUAAAUUUCCGACAUUCCAGUACGAAGACAAAGACUUCAACUUUGUCGUCACGGCGGGUCACGGAUUAAAAUCCAGAUUUGAUUCGCUCCUCACAGAGAAAUGGAAAGAUGCAAAAGAAAACGGAAUAUUGUGGAUGAAUUUAAACAUUGCAAAAGAGAGAACUUUGCCAGGAAAUUACGGUCUCCUAGUCCAACUGCAUCCGGAUAAAGGGAAAAAACGACGCAAGCUCCAAAUUAUCAAGUCGAUAUUACAACCCUUCGAUUCCAAGGAAUUCAAUUUUGCGAAUUUGCCAAAUGAGGAGAUCUUGUUUGACGUUGGCAAUGGAGAUGGGAAUGAUAUCGUAGCUGUGAACGUCAGCCCUUCUGGAAACUACCACAGCUUACUGAUUGUCGAGCGAUUUAAAUGCUUACCGCAAAGAGCUACCAAGCAUAGUAUCAGAAAAGCUGUUGAUUUGAUGCUCCUGAGUAACUCACCGUACUUCAGAAUAAUUUUCAACAGUUCAUGUGCGCGUGCAUCUAUCAAUCACUUACACUGGCAUUUGUACUAUUUGAAACGUGACAUGCCGCUUGAAUCCAUAAAACUCGACCAUCUUCGAGGUCCCGUGUUUAUGCUGAAGGAAUUUCCAGCCAAAGGAUUUUGCUUGAAGUUGUCCUCAUUUUCGGAUUCCAACGCGAUCUGCGAUUUAGUUUCGUGGACGUACCUCAUCAUAGAUUGUCUCCACAAGUCCGAAAUUCCUUACAGUAUCUACUUAACCAGAGCCAAGGAAAAUGUUGGCGAUAAAGCUUAUGAGGAUAUUCGGGUUUAUAUUUGGGGACGAAAGCCUGAAACUGUGGUGACAAACCGCCACGAUUUUGUGCCAUCUGUGUGCGAGUUUUUCGGACAUUUCAUAGUCACAAGUCGACAAUUGUACGACGACUUAACCGAAGAAUUGGCGGAUGAAAUUUUAAACGACCUCACUUCAGACAGCUUCUUGGCUGUGAGAGAUCAUGUAUUAGGAAUGGAUCUGAAUGGGAGGGGAUUGGUAAUGACUCUAUGAACAAAAUUAAGUGGAAACGAGGUUCCUGUAACAUCCCAUAAUAUUGCGCAGUAACAUUCUUUGUAACGCACUUGCAACAUUUGC